AUAGUGCAACUCUGUUAUCAUUCGAAAAUUCGACCGUCAAUUUUUCGAACAUCGGACAUUUUCGUUUUUGUGUUUGUAUUCGUGCAAGUGCUUCAGAAAGAUUUUGCGGAAGAUCUUAUAUUGUGUUUAAUUUUGGGGCAAUUUCAACAGAAAAAAUUUGACUAAAAGCACAUUAAACGCUUUGUAAUUAGUUAAUAAUUUAUUGUGUGUAAAAGCCAAAAAAUUUUCUAUGAAAAUUUUGGUUUCACGCGUCAAAUAAAUGCGAAAGAUUCGAUUGAAUUUUUCACUGUGUUCGGGUGAAAUUUCAUUGAACUAAGAAAAAAAAAUAAAACAAGGCAUAAAAGUCACAAGAAGUGUGCAAAGAGGAACGCAGGCAAUACGAUUUUUUUAUUUACAAUAAAUAAAAAGUAACAAAUAAACUGUAUGCGAAAAAACGCGCAACAUUAAUUAAAAAGUGAACAAUUAAUUCAGAACUGUAAACCAUAAGAAAUACUCAUAAAAAUAAAUACACAAGCCAGAGUGAAUACGAGGGUCGCCGAAUAGUAUACCGACCACAGUGCACGAUUUGCGCAAAGGCUCAGAAAAAAGGAAAAAAAUCCUUUUGGUAUAUACAACUCGCACCAACAGCGCACUGCCUACAGUUUUGUUGCAAUAAUAACUAUUAACUUAUUGACUUGUGUUUUGACCAAUUUUGUGACAAGUUUGAUAAACUGAAACGGGUUGUUUAGAAGUUGUGGUUUAUUUUUGUUCUGCUGCACGCACCACAUUGACGGUGGUUCAAUUGAAGAAUAAGGAAAGUAUAAGUGAGGCGCUCUGCGUCACAAUUUGCAAGAGCAUUUAAGUGCGAACGAUUCAAAUACCACGACGGUACAAAGUGUCCUUCGUCGCUUUGGAAUGUUAAAUGCGGUGAAUGGUUGUAAAAUUCGAUUGAGCCUAGCAAAAGUGAAAAAAAAUUUAUUAGAUUAUGGCAAAUUUAAACUUUCAACAACCUCCCAGAAGCAUAGCAAAUGCUUCUCUAACGGGCAGAACUACAGGCGGUUUUGGAGGCAGUUCGUUAUCAGGUCAUGUAACACCCACGUCUGGAAUGUUUCCCACAGGCGGCGCGAAUUACGGACAAGCGCAGCAACCUCAACUUUCGCCUAAUCGUAAUGGACAGUUAUCAGUCGGUGGUCCCGCGUUAUCAAGUGGUGGUAGGGCAAAUAUAUUUGGACAGCGAGCGUAUGUGGAGAGACGCGCUAUGCAAGGAUUAGGAGGUGGCCCAAUGUCAAAUAUGGGUAAUUUUAUGCAAACGGGACGAGGUGGUUACGGUAGCGGCGGUGGCGCUGGUGGUCCACUAAAUAACUUCCAUAAUGUAUUUGGCGGUAGUGGAGACACAGCAACACCUGCAUUACUUGAUCCAUCGGAAUUCCCAUCACUGACGAAUGUACGCGGCCAGAAUGAUCAAUCACUGCCUCAGACGAAUCCCCUCCAACCACCGGGAAGCAAACCCUAUGGUAAUUUCUUUACCUCUUUUGGUAUGGUGAAACAACCUACGUCAGAACAAUCGGAGUUCACAAUGUCAAAUGAAGAUUUUCCUGCCUUACCGGGUACUCAAAAUUCUGACGGUACAACGAAUUCAGGCUUAACAGAGAACAAUCUCGAUGGUACGGAGAAAACAAUGAAUUCGAUUGUAGGAGGCAGUGGGUUAGGCGCAGUAGGCAGUAGUGUUAGCGGUAAUAAUGGUGGCAGCAGUGGUAACGGUGUUGAACAUAUAAAUGAUAAUUCCAGCGAAAACAAACUUGUAAAAAGUGGAGUGCAAACAUCACCUGAUGGUAAGGUCACAAACAUCCCAGCGAGUAUGGUGAAUAAUCAAUUUGGUAUGGUGGGUCUUUUAACAUUCAUCCGAGCGGCGGAGUCCGAUCCUAACUUAGUAACGUUAGCUUUGGGCACAGAUUUAACGGGCUUGGGUUUAAAUCUUAAUUCACAAGAAAGUUUACAUCCUACAUUCGCUGGACCUUUUGCGGAUCAACCCUGCAGAGCACAAGACGUGGACUACAACGUUCCACCUGAAUAUUUGAUUAACUUUGCGAUAAGAGAUAAACUUUCAUCUCCGAUACUGAAAAAGCUACAAGAAGAUCUUCUAUUUUUCCUGUUCUAUACGAAUAUAGGUGACAUUAUGCAAUUAAUGGCAGCAGCGGAACUGCAUAGUAGAGAAUGGCGAUACCAUAUAGAAGAAAAGAUUUGGAUUACUCGAAUUCCUGGCAUUAAUCAAUAUGAAAAAAAUGGUACAAAAGAACGUGGCACGUUUUAUUAUUUUGAUGCGCAAAGUUGGAAACGGCUGUCCAAGGUAUUCCAAAUUGAUGCCGAAAAAUUAGAUAAAUGUCCAAAUAUAAGCGCGUUUAUGAACAUGAAUGGACAGUCUGUAUAAUAAUAAUAAAAUACAAAAAACACGUAAAAAUCUUAAAAAAAUCUUUUUUUGAAAAUAAGAAAAAAAUUAACAUAAAAAAUAAAACGAAAAAGUAUUUGAAAAAUUUUAGC